AUGCGGGAUAAAAGUAUAAUUGUGACUACAUUGUUAGUAGUUUUCUGCACAUCAGUUAUAGAAUCAGUGCCGUUCAUCAAGAAGUGUAAGUCUGAUGACGCAAAAUGUAUGAAAGAGUCCGCGCAAGCAGCUAUUCCGGUCUUUGCCACCGGCCUGCCGGAAUAUGGUGUCAAAUCAUUAGAUCCUGUUACAUUCAAGAAGAUUGAUGCCAGCUCGAGCGGCUUAAAGCUUGUAUUGACCGAUGUUACGGUAAAAGGCCUUAAAAACUGUAUAGCAAAGAAAAUCAAACGAGAUAAGCCUAAAUCCAAACUUUUCAUCAAAUUGUUGUGCUCUGCCGAUUUGGAUGGUCAAUAUGAUAUGAAAGGACACCUUCUCUUUCUUCCAAUUGAAGGCAAUGGUCCGGUCCACGUUAAGCUAAGAGAAGCUGAAAUCGACGUUGAAUUAGAUUUAGAAGAUCAUAAUAACAAGUGGAACAUCAAGCACUGGCAACAUUCUUUUAAUUUGAAUGGCGCCUCAGAAAUAGUUUUCGAAAAUCUGUUUAGCGGCAACAAAGAUUUGGGUUCCGCAGCUCAAGAAGUAAUAGCCAAGAGUGGAAACGAAAUAGUUUAUGAAGAGGGUCCUCCAGUGAUCAAAGCCGUCGUUGAUCAAGUCGUUAAAUCAGUCAAUACAUUCUUCCACGCUGUGCCUGCAGAAGAACUAUCCUUAGACUAA